AUGAACAAUGCGAGAUACCUAAGAGAAUUGGACUUUGCUCGUGCUGACUUUUACGAACGAACGGGUCUCUACCGUGAAAUUUGCUCUCAAGGAUCAGGUGUUGUGCAAGGAGCUGCUACGAUACGUUAUCGUCGGUUUCUCAAACCUCUUACAAUUUAUAAGAUAACUUCAAAGAUCAUCUAUUGGGACGAAAGAACGAUUUUUAUGGAACAUCGUUUUGUUACACCAAAUGACGGAUUUAUACGUGCUAUUGCUAUCUGCAGGCAAAAACUUUUAGAUUGCAGUGCAGAAACGGUUAUGGGUACUCUCGUAGAUCGAGGAGUUAAACAAAAUGGUAAUAUCGAGUCGGGAGUUACACAGAUAACUCAUGUGAGGCCAGAAUUACCGCCAGAUGUAGCAAGAUGGUUGGAAAGCAAUGAAAUAUCUUCGGCGAUACUUCGACAAUCUAGUGCACCUACGGUUAACACCAUAACAACAACAAUGACGACUACAACGACGACGACAACUACGGCGGCAUCGUCGAUUUGCUGA